GCGAGCCCUUCAGGUGGUAAACACAUAGUGUUUCGCUCGCGUCACUGACGAGGGAUAAGUUUCACAAGUGAACUAGUCCUCACGGUCCGUGCGUGUGUUGUUGCGCAGUGUUUUGGGCAUCUCACAUCGCUCGUACGAGCAACACAACGAGCUCGCCAGUAUAAAAGCAGUGAAGACAUUUAACCAUGGCCACGAAUGGAGUGCCGGAACAGCUCGACAUGGAUACGACGACCAAAACAGGACUGACAAUUGUCCGCGUCACGGAAGAGUAUGAUGUCGUCUUGCGCAUUGGCAGACCACCAGACAUCGCGCUAGGGCUGUCCUCAGCAGUGCUACGGGCUGCCUCACCGGUAUUUGCCGCCUUACUUGGACCGCACUUCGCCGAAGGGCAGAGCGAAGGUACCACUGACGAGCCGAAAGAGGUCACGCUCCAAGGAGACAACAGUGAAGCCAUGUCGGAUAUUUGCCACCUCCUGCACAACAAAACCAUUGGAACGGUCAUCACCCGACUAGUCAAGAACCCACAGUCGGCCCGCAUUCAUCAGCUCGCAGUCGUGAUCGAUAAAUAUGCUUGCACUGAGCCUCUCACCCUUCACACGCAAGCACUUUUGCUCGGCUACCUGGAUUCACACUACGGCGGCUUGGCGCAUCUGGGAAACAUCGCCGCUGCAGCAUACAUGCUCGAUCAUGGUCGAGCCUUCACCAUAGCAACCAGGCGCCUGAUCACAAGGUGCAAUGAACCCUACUCUGACUUGCAUAAGAGUAAUGGCUCGCAUGCGCUGCCGGUCACCGCGCUUCUUGCCAUGGAAGAGAAGCGUACAGCAGCUCAAAGAAAGCUAGCACGUGACAUUAUGCUGUUUGGCGCACCGCAUUGCUCGCACGCAAAGGCUUGCAACAACCAUGAUGUAAGCUACUACGACAACAUAUGUACUGUUUUCCAAGUGCGACACUGGCCGCCGAGCUUCGAUCUAGAGGGAAAGAAUAUCUCCUCCCUAAUUACAACAGUCAAGAAGGUAGGCACAGUAUGGAGAGAAAACCCGUCGUGCGAUCAUACGGGCACCAUGAUGGAGGUGCAGGCGGCCAAAUUCUGGACGCUCGCUGAGGAAAUCGAGAGCAUCUGCGAGGGACUAUGUCUGCAGUGUGUCAGAAGCGGAGCGGCGGACUUGAAAAGCAAAUGCACAGAGAAGGCGCACGCUUGAUGAUGGAGGCAUGGCUUCAAAGUCUGAUGUCCUCGAGACGGGUCUCAAUGCGAUGCCAUCAACAGCGGCUAAGGUAUGGAGGGUCUGCGGCUAUAUCAAAACUCCGGGCAUUACCGCCAAGCAAUUUCAAUCACGGAAGAAAGUCGGUUAGGGAGGCUCUCGAUAAACUGAGCUUUGUGAUCUAUAUACUAUGGAUAC